AUGGCAGAUCAGAACGGCUCCAGCACCGCCAACAUCACCGCGGCCGGCAAGGCAGUCUACGACUCGGCCUUCACCGACCGGAUCAUGCCGAGCCUCCUCCGGCACCUCCACGACUUUGCCCGAGAGGUCGACCUGACCGUCGACGAAUGGCUGGCCGGCGUGCAAAUGAUCAACGAGGCCGGCCAGAUGUCCAACGACACCCGUAACGAGACACAGCUCCUCUGCGACAUCCUAGGUCUCGAAUCCCUCGUCGACGAAAUCACGUCGAAACAGCUCCAGUUGAAGACGACUUCGUCACUCGAAACCAGCCCUACCUCGUCCGCCGUCCUCGGCCCCUUCUACCGCUACGACGCUCAGAUCCUCCCCAACGGCAGCUCCAUCGUCUCCUCCCUCGAUUCCCCCGACUACCAGGAAGCCUUCACCCACCUCCACGGCCGCGUCCUCGACCAACACGGCCAGCCCGUAAAGGAUGCCACCGUCGACAUCUGGCACACGGCUCCCAACGGCAUGUACGAGCAGCAGGUCACAGGCCAGCCGGACAUGGACCUCAGGGGACGCUUCCGGACCGAUGGCGAGGGCCGCUACUCCUUGUACUGCCUCAAGCCCGUUCCCUACCCCGUGCCCGACGACGGCCCAGGCGGAAGGCUGCUCAAGCUCCUCGACCGGCACGCGUACCGCCCCGCGCACCUCCACUUCAUCGUCUCCGCCGACGGGUACCGGCCCGUCACGACGCAGCUGUUCGACAAGGAGGGUGAGUACCUCGAGGACGACUCGGUCUUCGCGGUCAAGGAGGACCUGAUCGUCGAGUACAAGCCCAGCGAGCCAGGCUCCAAGGCGAGGUGGACGCUAGAGUACGACUUUGUCCUGUGUGGCGCGUGA